GUGACCUUUAACCCGAAAACUGACCCAUUGCCGGGUCACUCUUACUAGGGCCAGAUGUCGUUGCAAUGCACUACGGAGGUAUGGUCUGGGGGAUGUGCGGAAAAGGCCCGCGUGAGACCUCCACUUGCUACAAGACAAGGAGCGCGGAGAGGGGUUUGCCGAACAUCUCGGUUCGACUCGAGGAGAAGGGGGGAUUGAAUACCUAAUUAUAAUAUUUAAUCCACCAUCAUGUCUCCCUAACCAUCGUCGAUUCUUUUUGUCGCUCCGUCCCCGGACGCACGAUUGUUUCCCGCCAUCUCCGGCCGCAUCCCGUAGGCGAACACGCCAUGGUCCGCUUGAUGAGAUGGCUGGCAGCGAUGCCAGCCAGCAGCUGGCUCGGCGUUGCAAUGGCAUCGCCUACUCCUGCCCAGGAACUUCACCCACGACAAGCUAAGACAAGCUUCUGGUACGCCAACAUUGACCACACGUCCGCAGAAGUCCGCGGCUACGCCCCGGAUCUCGACGGCGACUACACAUACGAGGUCUUCAAAGCGGUCGCCCCUGGAGACGGGCCAGGCAUCCAAAGGGCCAUCAACGCAGCGACCAACGGCACCACGCGCCAUGGACAAUGGUUUGCGAGCCAGCCGCGCGUCGUCUACAUCCCGCCCGGCGAAUACGUCGUCAGCGAGACCAUCUUCAUGAACACCGACACCAUCCUCAUGGGCGAUGCUACCAACCCACCCAUUAUCAAAGCGGCUCCUGGCUUCUCCCGUAGCGGCACGCUUCUGAACGCCCAAGACCCGACAACCGGCGUCUCGGGCGAGCUGUCGUUCGCCGUCAGCCUCAAGAACAUUGUGCUCGACACCACCAACGUUCCGGGCGACGCGCCCUUCGUGGCCCUGUACUGGGGCGUUGCUCAGGCCGCCCACCUCCAGAACGUCCAAAUUCGCAUGCCCUCCUCCGUCAACGGCGCUGGCCAUUCCGGCAUCCGGAUGGGCCGUGGCUCGACACUGGCCGUGUCGGACGUGCGUAUCGAACGCGGUCAGAAUGGUAUCUGGUACAACGGCCACCAACAAGCCGUCUUCAAGAGCAUCUACUUCUACCAGAACACGGUCGGCAUGCUGAUCGACGGCGGCAGCACCAUCAGCCUCAUCAACCCGACAUUCGACACGGUGGGCUUCGGCGUCGUUAACACGGGCGGCUCCCCCUGGAUCGCCCUCAUCGACGCCACGUCCAAGAACUCGGGCGUGACCCUCAGGACGACCUCCUGGCCGAGCUACCUCAUCGAGAACCUCAGCAAGGACACCAACAGCAACAUAGCCGAGGGCCCCGGCGACUUUGUCCUGCCCGCCCAGUCGAACCUCGCCCAGUUCUCGUACGGCAACACGGUCGGCCGCAACCCCAUCUACGGCCCCGUGAACAACGGCAGCCCCAACCGCCCGGCCGCCCUCCUGACCUCGUCCGGACGGUACCCGGCCAUCCCGGCGCCCAACUACGCCGACGUCCCCGUCAGCCAGUUCCUCAACGUCAAGGACCCGGCGCAGAACGGCGGCCGGCGCGUCCUGGGCGACAACACGGUCGACGAGUCGGCGGCGCUCAACGCCAUCCUGCAGCUGGCGGCGGACCAGGGCAAGAUCGCCUACUUCCCCUUCGGCAAGUACCGGGUCGACUCGACCCUGCUGGUUCCCGCGGGCAGCCGGCUGGUCGGCGAGGGGUGGGCGACGAUCGUCGGGCACGGUUCUCAGUUCGCCGACGCCUCGUCGCCCCGUCCCGUCGUGCAGGUCGGGCGGCCCGGCGACGUGGGCGUGGCGCAGAUCCAGGACAUGCGCUUCACCAUCAGCCAGCCGCUGCCGGGCGCCAUCCUGGUGCAGUGGAACAUCGCCGGCGCCAAGCCCGGCGACGUGGCCAUCUGGAACAGCCUCAUCACGGUCGGCGGCACGCGCGGGGCGGCGGACCUGACGAAUACGUGCCGGAACCCGUCGUCCCCGUGCCGGGCCGCGUUCCUGGGCAUGCACCUGACCGCGUCGUCGUCCGUGUACGUGGAGAACGUGUGGAACUGGGUGGCCGACCACAUCGCCGAGGACUUUGACGGCGGCAGCAACUUCGCGGCCGGGCGGGGCGCCCUGGUCGAGUCCACCAAGGGCACCUGGCUGCACGGGCUCGGGUCCGAGCACUGGUGGCUGUACCAGCUCAACCUCCGGCGGGCCCAGAACGUCAUGGUCUCGAUGCUGCAGAGCGAGACCAACUACGACCAGGGAGACAACAACCCGGUGCUGGUCCCGGCGCCCUGGACGCCGGACGAGGCCGGCUGGGGCGACCCGACCUUCUCGCACUGCGGCGCCAGCGACAAGAGGUGCCGGAUGGGGCCGGCCAACUACAUCAGCGGCGGCAGCGGCAUCCACACCUACGCCUCGGCCAGCUGGGCCUUCUUCAGCGGGCCGGGCUACCAGGGCUGCGCCGGCACCUUCCAGUGCCAGAAAUACAUGCACAUCGUGAACCAGACGCCGACUGGGCUGCAGGCCUUCGGCCUCUGCAGCAAGGAUUCCUAUGCCACGCUGAGGCUGGCCGACGGCACCGAGAUUGUCACGCAGAACGGCUUCACCGGUUCCUGGCCCGGAGGAGGAGGCGAUGUCGGUCGCUACACGCCCUAGCUCAGGUAUCUUAGGUAGUAAUUAAUACACUUGAUGGCGAGAUGUCAUAGUACAGUAGAAUCCCUUGUGAUA